AAUAUGUCAUUUGUCAUUAGCAAUAGUAAGGUUAAGAGCAAGUUAAGAGAGAAAUUCACAAUUUUUCAUCUCAUAUACUAGGUAUCUUUUAUAAAUAUUCCCUUUAAUAAUUUAUGGCCUCAAUUUAGGCACAUUAAAAUAUUACUUCUUGUAUACACAUACUCUCAUUUAAAAAAAACAUACAAUCUUCUGUUUCCAGAGUCAUUGAAAGUGGUAUUCAAAAGUUUAAUAUAUAGAUAAUUAAUGUCCCAAGUUAAUAUGUUUAUAUAUUCUAUAAGAUGUGAACUUUUAAAAUCCACUUCUAUUAUAAGUUUACUAAGGCGUUGUUCUUCGCUUACAAGCAAUGCUAGAAACCUUGAGGUUCCUGAAUAUGAUACUAAGAUCUUAAAAGUUGGAAUUAUAGGCGUUCCUAAUGCAGGAAAAAGUACAUUAAUUAAUAAUUUAGUGAACAGAAUGGUUUGUCCGUCAUCAAGUAAAGCGCACACAACAAGAUCGAAGUCAAUGGCAAUAUAUACUGAACGCGACACUCAAGUUGUAUUUCUUGAUACGCCAGGAUUAGUUAGUGAAAAGGAACAGAAUCGAUACAAUCUUGAAAACUCAUUUAAAAGAGACACGAAAAAAGCAUUAAAAGAUGCAGAUAUGAUAGGUGUUAUUCAUGAUGUGUCCAAUAUAAGUAGAAGAGAAAGACUGGACCUAAAAAUUAUAAAAUUGCUCGAAUUUCAUAAAGAAAAACCUAGUUUUCUAAUUUUUAAUAAGGUAGACAUAUUAAAAUCAAAACGGAAGUUAUUGGACUUGACCAGAAUUAUAACAAAUAAUUGUAUAAGAGGGAAGCCUAUACCAGGUCAAAUAAAGUCAAAACAUUUAUCUUCAACAGAUAAAAUGAGAGGUUGGCCUAAUUUUGAGGAAAUAUUCAUGGUUUCAGCUUUAACAGGUGAUGGAUUAGCUGAAGUCAAAAAACAUUUGAUAGCGAAUGCAAAAUUAGGUAAAUGGAUGUUUCGUGAGGAAAUUUGGACAGAUCAAAGUGCUGAAAAUAUUAUUGUAACAUCAGUACGUGCCAAAUUAUUGGACUUUUUACCUCAAGAGAUUCCUUACGGUUUACAAACAGAAAUUGAAUAUUUUGAUGUAAAUGAUGAAGGGAUUAUUAAUACUGUUGUCCUUGUAAAAUGCCCAUCAGCUAGAAAAGCAAAAUUGAUAGCGGGUGUUUCAGAUGGGAAACUGAAACAGAUAACUCAAAGUGUACAGGAUGAUCUUCAAAAUGCUUUUCAAUGUAUUGUUACCAUAAAAAUAGUGUUGUAUCCUCCUUAUAAUGAAUAAAAUGUACUUAUUUUUUUAACAUGA